CCUCCUCGCUUCCCGUCCGCUAUCCCGGAAGGUGGAAGAAAAAAGAAAGGCAGCGACGCCUGAGAGCGACGCUUGCUGCUGAUGCGCCGCUGCCUCUUACAAUGGAGAGCGACACUGCCGUCCGGAGAAUAAAGCCACCAUUCGGGACGCACAGUUAUGUAGCGCCGGGCCACGGGACCUCCGGGGAGGACAACAACGGUUGGAGUGAGCCGAAGAGGAAGCCCGACGUGAGCUUGUACCUGCUCCGAGAGGGUCUGGCAACUUCCCUGGUGUGCGUGUUUAUUUUCCUUCUGUGGGGACUCGUUCAGUUGUCCCUCCAGCAGCUCGUCAUCGGGAAGCCAAGUGGGGAUUUCAACGCGGAGAGAGCCAGGCAGCACCUGGAGCGCAUCACCAGCGUGGGACCGCGGCCGGUGGGCAGCCACGAGAACGAGGUCCUGACGGUCGACUACCUACUAGAGCAGAUAGAGAAAGUUCGCAUGACCACGGAGCGGGGCCCGCACCUUCAGCUCAGCGUGGAAGUGCAACGGCCCACCGGCUCCUUCUCCAUCGACUUCCUGGGCGGUUUCACCAGCUUUUAUGACCGCAUCACCAACGUUGUGGUGCGCCUGGAGCCCAAAGGUGGCGCCGAGCAUCUCAUGCUGGCUAACUGCCACUUUGACUCUGUGGCCAACAGUCCAGGUGCGAGCGACGACGCCGUGAGCUGCGCCGUCAUGCUGGAAGUCCUCCACUCGCUCGCCAACCUGUCCACUCCUCUUCGCCACGGUGUCAUCUUCCUCUUCAACGGGGCGGAAGAAAAUGUCCUACAGGCCAGUCACGGGUUCAUCACUCAACAUCCGUGGGCCAAACAGGUGAGAGCCUUUAUUAACUUGGAGGCGGCAGGCGUCGGCGGCAAGGAGGUCGUUUUCCAGACAGGUCCGGAGAACCCGUGGCUGGUCCAAGCGUACGUGCAUGCCGCCAAACACCCCUUCGCCUCCGUGGUGGGCCAGGAGGUCUUUCAAAGCGGCAUCAUCCCCUCCGACACUGACUUCCGCAUCUACCGAGACUUUGGUAACAUUCCAGGCAUUGACCUGGCGUUCAUCGAGAACGGUUUCAUCUAUCACACCAAGUACGACACCGCCGAUAGAAUCCUCACGGGCUCCAUACAGAGAGCAGGUGACAACAUCCUGGCCGUCCUCAAGCACCUCCUCAUGUCUGAGAAACUGGCCGACUCCUCCGAGUAUCGCCACGGCAACAUGGUGUUCUUCGACGUGCUGGGCGUGGCCGUGGUGGCGUACCCGGCCCGCGUCGGCACCAUCCUUAACUACAUGGUCGCCGUGGCAACCUUCAUCUACCUGGCCAGGAAAGCCUCUCUGCCAGGCAACCGCGGCGGGCGCUACGUUCGAGAUCUGGCCUGUGCCACAGGUGUGGCGCUGUUGGGCUGGGUGGUUGCGUUCCUGUCGGUUCUGAUCGUGGCCGUGCUGGUGACCCUGCUGGGCCGCUCCAUGUUCUGGUACACCCAUUUCUACGCCGCUGUGGUCCUUUACGGUUCCGUGGCCACCGGCAAGAUGGUGCUGGUGCACACCCUGGCCAAGAACCUCUACUACAGGGGCGUUCGCAUGGUGGAGCUGGGCGAGCUCUACUUGGACGUGAGCUUGCUGCUGUGGUGCUGCAGCUUGGUGUGGAUGACCCAGCGCGGGCUGUGCUCGGCCUACGUCCCCAUGCUCAUGGUGGCCUUCCCGCUGCUCACCAAGCUCCUGCUCGCCAACGAGUUCAAGAAUAGAGGGGCGUCGCUCAAGUAUAGCGUCCUCUACCUGGCGGGCUUGGCUUUGCCCUACCUACACAUCAUGUUCCUCGUUUGGGUGGUCUUUGAGAUCUUCACGCCCAUCAUGGGCCGCAGCGGCACUGAGAUCCCCCCCGAGGUGGUGCUGGCCACCCUGGUUACCAUCGCCACCGUUUUCCUCUCCUCCUUUUUCCUCCACUUUGUCUACUUGGUGAGGAGCACCAAGUGGAUUCUUGCGGGUCUGGGCUCGGUCUUCGCGCUGGUCUUCCUGCUGGUGUCCAGCGGGAUCUUCUUCCCUUAUUCAGGAAGUCCUGAUAGCCCGCGCCCCAAGAGGAUCUUCCUACAGCACACGACGCGCACCUUCUACGACGUGCACGGCCAGGUGGAGGCACGCGAUUCCGGCGUGUGGAUCAACAGCUUCGACUACACGGGCAUGCAGCACAUCACGCCGCACGUGCCCCAGAUACACGACGGCGUGCGCUCACCACCUUGCCACGAGCACCGCCCCUUCUGCGGCUUCCCCUGGUUUCUGCCCGUCAAUUUCCUCACCAAGAAGAACUGGUACCUCCCCGCUCCCGAUGUGUCUCCAAGAUUCCCAGUGGACUUCCGCCUGGUGUCCAAGGAGGAGACCGGCUGGGGGACCAUCAAGAUGACAUUCAGUGUCAAUGGGCCCAGCCACAUGUCUCUCUACUUGAUGCCUCAUCACGGAGCGAGUCUGUCCUCGUGGUCCUUUGGAGACGGCACGCCACAGUUUGACUUGAGCGGGGAAUACUUUGUCUUCUACUCGCAUGGCUUGGAUGCGCCCAUAUGGACGUUCUGGUUUGAAAUACAGCCGCCCAGCGAGUCAUCCCGGUCGGCGUCCGGGCCCGAGGGGAUGAUCUCCGUGGCCAUCUCCACCCACUACUUCUUUGGGGAGGACAAGACGACGCCUCGGCUGGAGGAAGUCCUGAGCCAGUUCCCCUCGUGGACCUUCCCCUCCUUCUGGGUCAGCACGUACGACUUGUACCAACACUGAGGCACCGACACUGCUUCUCCAUGCCUUUACACGCACGCACACACACACACAGCCCGAGACCCCCAGCAUCACUGUGUCAGUAGCAAGUCGGAGCAAACGCGUUUGUUUUGUUGAUCUCAAAAUCUGUGGUGCCUUUUUUGUUCUCCCCCUCCCCCUUCAUAUGCUAACGUGCUACCUCUCCUUUUCAUACAAUCUACGAUCAGCACUGCACUUAACAUUGUUAAACAGCUGACGGUUGCAAAGUUUGGUCCGAUUCAGAUAGAGACAAAAUUUUGCAGUUUUGAAUUGGGGCUUAAAUGCAAGCUUAGGGUUUAAAAUGAACGAGCAUGUUGAUGACGGUGCUACUUUUCCUCCACUAUCGAUUUCAAGUCAUUUUUGAAACUGGAAACUUUUUUUUUUCCCCACCUCCCACUUUUGUCCCCUCACCACUGGAAGAAGUUAGCAUUGAAGCUAACGAAAGCUAAAUCACGCAGAAACGAGUGCCUGGAAGUUCUGAAAAAUAUCAAGCUGUGAAAUCCACAUUUGUGUUUGUUGUCAUCUUUGAAAUGUCAAGGUGGGGAAACCAACCACGCAGUAGCUAGUUAUCGAGGAUGAUCAUCAAAAUCAUCAUAAUCAGUUUUAAUUCAAAUUUGCAUGCAAAGGCACACAGAGAACACAAAAACACAUUUCUUAAAAAAAAAUUAAAACGCACUCAACACAUAUGAUUCACGCGCACACACGUCACUUUUCAGUCACGCAUCUCGCACACAAAAACACAACACAAAUACGACUGAUUGUUUGCACUCUGUGUUACCCUCUGAGCAGUAUGACUGCCAAAAUAGCGGACACUGAGGACAAAAGUAUUGGGACGGUGGUGGUAGGCCAAAAAGCGGGUGGCGUGUCCCAACAUUUUUGUUCUGCGUCACAUAAGUUUGACUACACAAGAUGGGUUGAAAGUCAAAUGAACAGUUAAAGCAGAUAAUUUAAUAUUUAUGCCUUUUUUUAUGAUGAUUUUGGACUAGAAAUGUGGUCCUCAAUGACAUCUAAGUGAAUUUAGUUUGAUUCAAGAGCCUUUAAGAUUUAUAAAGUGCUGCAAUGGCCAUUUGAAGUCAUAAAUCUCAUCCUUGUGGCACAUCAUUGAGAAAAAUGAACACAAAGUAUGAUGUGGGAGCCAUGUCAGAAUGUCUUAAUGUUUUUUUUUUGUUAUUUCAAGUUAUAACUCAUCUAAAGCCACUUUUGGGUUUUGUUUACCUUUUGCUCUCAUUCCUUCCAUAACCUUUUCCAUUCCCCUCUCCGCCGUCCCCAAUUUACACUAUUUUUUGUGUGUGUGAUGGAAUUGACACUUUGCCUCUAACUGCCGUUUGUUUUUGGUUUAUGGUGACAAAACAAAAUGCAGUUUUGAGUGGCGAUGGACUGUUGGGAUUGUCGCGUUGGGAUGUGUUUAAUACUUGGAUGAUUUUACAUGAUAAAGCUUGAAUGAAACGAGCACUUGUAAUUAAUAAAAAAAU